CGCCUACAUCUAUUUUUACUUUUAUAUUUAAUAAUCUGUUUUGCAAUAAUCACGCUAACUUAACUGUUAAAAAUAUUAUUCAAGAGGUACAUACAUAGUUGUACCUGCCUAUUCCACAAUUUUUAAUACAUGUAUUUUACUUAUUUAUUUUACUUAGGGCCGAUUUUUCAAUCGCCGGAUGGCUCUUAUCUGAGGAGUGUGUUUGACAGCUUUUGUAUAGAAAAUAUGUCAAACCGCCAUAUUUAUUCCUUGGAUGGAAGUUAGCUGAUGAUUGAAAAAUCAGCCCAUGCGGACAAUUUUCUUCAGUAAUAUGGAAUCCAAAUAUCCCAAUUCAAAUACUUUGCAUGUACCACAUAGUUAUUUAAACCUUGCGGAUUCAUUUAUAUUAUUUUUGCAUCUAACCCGUAUACAGGGUAUAUUAAUUAUUGAAAAAAAAAAAAAAAAAAAAAAAAAAAAAAAAAAAAAAAAAAAAAAAAAAACAACCACAAAAAAAAAAAAAUAUUGCAGGGGUAUAUAAAAGGGGUGAAAAAACGUGUUAUUUUUGUCGUCAGACUUACCGUUUACGAGAUAUCUUAAGGUUUAGUUCUCUUACUAAAAUCUACAAUUUUGUUCGACGAGUUUCAGAAAAUGGAGACUGGAAAUGGCCAUGGCAGGCUAGAGACCCCUCGAAGCAGUCGUUCACUCACACGGCGUAGCCACAGCCGCGAGCGCAGCCGCAGUCGCAGUCGCGGAGUACGGGACCGCGAGUUGGCGCUCAGGCGGGAGCAGGAGAAGGUUCGGCUCUUGGAGUUGGCCUUGCAACAAGAACGAGACGCCGAACAGCGCAGGAAGCACAGCGAGCAUCUUAGCGAGCGCCGCAGCGAGCGUCACAGCGAGCGCCGCAGCGAGCGCCGCAGCGAGCGCCGCAGCGAGCGCCGCAGCGAGCGCCGUAGCGAGCAUCACAGCGAGCGCCGCAGCGAGCAUCGAGGCGAGCAUCGAAGCGAGCGCCGCAGCGAGCAUCGCAACCGGCGGCGCAGCGUGGAUCGUGGCGAGCAUGAGAUGAGGUCAAGGAGUCGCAGCCGAGCCAGCGUCGAGCAUCGCACUAAAAGGUCAAGCAUGAGGCAUCAAACGGAUACGCCGUGACUUGACCUGUUACAUGGAUGGUUAUUGGUUAAUCUACAACUGACUUAAUCAAAUGGAAGGUGGUUAGUUAGUUGAUAGAUUUGGAUUGUUAUUGGAUGGACGGGUAAUACAAAUACUCAUGGUUCGAUUGAUAAUAAUUGAAGGAUGGUUACCAGUCUUGUUCUCGGAAAUUCAGGCUCGUAGCGUUACCGCGUGUCUGGAUUUUGCAUGGCUAAUUUCUCUUAGAUAUUUUUAUGUUCAAAUUUAAAAUGUAUAGUUUUGGUUUUAGACAAAUUGUAUCUAGUUAACACCAAAUCAUACCUACACUAAUUACCUAGUACAAAACUUACAACUGGAUAGCCAAAAUAGUCAAUUGUAUUAAGUAUAAAAAUAACUAAUGUUAACUGAAGGUUUAGAAAUACGGUAGUCUAAUAUAAUAGCAAUCAACAAACUAUAUACGACAAUCAAAACACGAAGCCUGUAAAAUAUGCGAUUCUUGUAAAACAAACAUGCAUGCACUGUAAAAUACUAUACAUAGAUGUUUCUAAAAAUAACAAAAUAUAGAUCAAAACAUUUAAUUAUACUUAUAGUAUCACUUUAUAUUAGGUCAAACAAAAUAUUAUGCAAUUGAAAUGAUUAUUGUGUAAGCAAAAUGUUCCCACCCACUUGCCGAGUGUAAGGUUCCACCUGGGUUGUGUAUGAGGGCAUACACAAUGUCAGGAUGGACGAGUGUAAGGUUCGAAAUGUUUUUCACGUUUAUUUUAUCUUUUUAAUUACGAAUUCUGAUGCUUUAGAAUUUUUAUUAUGGCAACAUUUCAAUUUGAGGAGAUUUUACUUUUCGCCAUCUGGCAACACCGGAAAUUGAUUUGAACGGAAUAAGAUCAGGUGGGGGCAUUCUGGCUCGGACCGUUGAAUUGUGCGGUUGCGUCAAGUUGUUCAAGUGUAAGACGUAAAUUGGAUGGCUGGAUAAUUUUCAAGGCUGGAUUGUUAUUUGUUUUGGUUUACUAAAUAUAUUCAAGUUUAAACGAA